CUUCGUGGAUUGCUUCUGAACCCCCCCCCUUUCCCCUCUCCCUGUACCCCCCCUUCUCCCUGCGGCCAACGGAGCCGUCCCCGACCCACCCGCGCUCCCCGGCCCCCCGCGACAUGCCCCCGGUCCCCGCCGAUAAGGCCGCCCCGCAGCCCCCCGCUGCUGCCCCGCAACGAGACGAUGCCGCCGCCGCCGCCGCUGUUGCUCCCGCGGGCUCCGAGACCCGUAGGGAAGCAGAGGGUAUGGACCCCCCCACGGCGGGUGAGGAACGGGCAAUAACGGCACUGUUCGUGGGACCCCCCGGUCCCCCGAAAGCAACUGCAGCUCCGGAACGGGAGACGUGGGCCCGUCAGAUGGAUUUCAUCAUGUCCUGCGUGGGUUUCGCCGUGGGGCUGGGCAACGUCUGGCGCUUCCCUUACCUGUGCUACAAGAAUGGCGGAGGCGUCUUCCUCAUCCCGUAUCUCAUCAUUGUCUUCGUGGGCGGCAUUCCCGUCUUCUUCCUGGAGGUGGCCUUGGGGCAGUUCAUGAAACAGGGGGGCAUCGCCGCUUGGAACAUUGCACCCCUCUUCAAGGGUCUGGGUCUGGCUUCCAUGGUGAUCGUCUUCUUCUGCAACUCCUACUACAUCAUGAUCCUGGUGUGGGGACUCUACUACCUGGUGCACUCCCUGACGGACACGCUGCCCUGGGCCACGUGCGGCCACCCCUGGAACACGGAGCAGUGCACUGAGUUCUUCCACUUGGAGCUCUGCUACAACGCCAGCAUCAAUGCCACCGCCGAGCUCUUCAACGUCAGCUGCGCAGACAUGGGCAACAAGCGCUCGCCCGUCAUCGAGUUUUGGGAGAACAAGGUGCUGCGGCUCUCGGGGGCCCUCAGCGAGCCGGGGGAGAUGAACUGGCAGAUGAUCCUCUGCUUGAUCGCUACCUGGGUCAUCGUCUACUUCUGCAUCUGGAAGGGCGUCAAGUCAACCGGGAAGAUCGUCUACUUCACAGCACUCUUUCCCUAUGUGGUCCUCAUCCUGCUGCUGGUCCAUGGGGUGACACUGCCUGGGGCACUGGAUGGCAUCAUCUACUACCUGAAACCUGACUGGUCCAAGCUGGCCGAGGGGCAGGUCUGGAUUGAUGCUGGCACCCAGAUCUUCUUCUCCUACGCCAUCGGUUUGGGUGCCCUGACCGCACUGGGCAGCUACAACCGCUUCCACAACAACUGCUACAGGGACGCCUACAUCCUGGCCGUGAUCAACAGCUCCACCAGCUUCUUCGCCGGCUUCGUUGUCUUCUCCGUGCUGGGCUUCAUGGCAUCCGAGCAAGGCGUGGACAUCUCCAAGGUGGCUGAGUCCGGCCCCGGGCUGGCUUUCAUCGCCUACCCCAAAGCCGUGACGCUGAUGCCCUUGUCCCCGCUUUGGGCCACGCUCUUCUUCUUCAUGCUCCUCGUGCUGGGGCUGGACAGCCAGUUUGUCGGCGUGGAGGGUUUCAUCACGGGCAUCCUGGACAUGUUCCCCCAGCCGGGGGCUGGCUCGCUGCGCCGCGAGCUCACCGCUGCGCUCUGCUGCAUCAUCUUCUGCCUCAUCGACCUCUCCAUGGUCACAGAGGGUGGCAUGUACGUGUUCCAGCUCUUUGACAACUACUCGGCCAGCGGGAUCACGCUGCUGUGGCAAGCGUUCUGGGAGUGCGUGGUCAUUGCCUGGGUCUAUGGUGCCGACCGCUUCAUGGACGACGUGGCCCGUAUGAUUGGCUACCGGCCCCUGCCCUUCAUGAAGUGGUGCUGGGCUGUGGUGACGCCGCUGGUCUGCGUGGGCAUCUUCAUGUUCCACGUAGUGAACUACAAGCCGCUGACCUACAACAAGACAUACGUGUACCCGUGGUGGGGGGACGCCAUUGGCUGGGUCCUGGCUCUCUCCUCCAUGCUCUGCAUCCCCUGCACCCUAAUCUACAAGCUCCUGCGCUGCAAAGGCUCCCUGCGCGAGCGCUGGCAGCUCCUGACCACUCCAGUCUGGGGCCAUCACCACCUGGAGUACCUGACACCCGAGGCAGAAGCCAAACUGGUGGCCCCAGAGCCCCCCAAGGAGAAGGCGACGCUCUUCGAGACUAUGAUCUGAGCACGGGGAGGGUCGCACUGCUCCCGCCUGCCAUAGCAAUAAUGCCAGCACUGCCUCCCACCGCGCUGUCCCGUGCCCCCCGCACCACCCCGGCCCCCCAGCCUCGCUGCAGGGAGGGGUUAAUGGGGGCCAGGGAGCCGGGGUGGCUGCGGGGAGCAGGAGGGGUCCCCGGGCU